ACGCUGGCCUCUGGCGUCGCAGGAAUAUGAGGCCUGUCACCCAGUACCAGUGCAGGAGGGCAGAAGGAGCCCCUGUACCCACGCGCUCUCACCUGCCACUUGAAGCAAAAACUCGCGCGCUGUUGGUUGCAGCAAUGACUGUGCGGGACAGUUAGGUUCCCUAGCCAUUCAACCAUGAAACCCACUUUCUUCUGAGACUGGAGUCAGAGAGGCAAGAGCUGGACAGAGCCACGUCGAGAAUGGGUGAAUCUCAAGAAAGAAAAGGAAAUGUGGACAUGGCAUUUCUGAGGCUGCAGUCAAAUUUGGUAAUAUGUGGUCACAGGUGAUGGAAAAGGACAAUACAAGUUCUUUUGAAGGCUUCUUCUUGGUGGGCUUCUCUGACCGUCCCCAUCUGGAGCUGAUCCUCUUUGUGGUUGUCCUCACCUUUUAUCUUCUGACUCUUCUUGGCAAUAUGACCAUCAUCUUGCUUUCAGCUCUGGAUUCUCGAUUACACACACCAAUGUAUUUCUUUUUGGCCAAUCUCUCAUUCCUGGACAUGUGUUUCACCACAGGCACCAUCCCUCAGAUGCUCUACAACCUUUGGGGCCCUGACAAGACCAUCAGCUAUGUGGGUUGUGCCAUCCAGCUCUACUUUGUCCUGGCCCUGGGAGGGGUGGAGUGUAUACUCCUGGCUGUCAUGGCAUAUGACCGUUAUGCUGCAGUCUGCAAACCCCUGCACUACACUGUCAUUAUGCACCCACGUCUCUGUGGGCAGCUGGCUUCAGUGGCAUGGUUGAGUGGCUUUGGCAAUUCCCUCAUAAUGGCCCCCCAGACAUUGAUGCUACCCCGCUGUGGGCACAGACGGGUUGACCACUUUCUCUGUGAGAUGCCAGCACUAAUUGGUAUGGCCUGUGUAGAUACUAUGACCCUUGAGGCUCUGGCUUUUGCCUUGGCAAUCUUUAUCAUCCUGGCACCACUCAUCCUCAUCCUCAUCUCUUACAGUUAUAUUGCACGGGCAGUGCUUAGCAUAACGUCAGCUGCUGGGCGAAAGAAAGCCUUCAACACUUGCAGCUCCCAUUUAGUUGUUGUGUCUCUCUUCUAUGGUACAAUCAUAUACAUGUACCUCCAGCCAGCAAACACUUAUUCUCAGGACCAGGGCAAGUUUCUUACUCUUUUCUACACAAUUGUCACUCCCAGUGUUAACCCUCUAAUCUAUACACUAAGAAACAAAGAUGUUAAAGAGGCUAUGAAGAAGAUGCUAGGGAAGGGGAGUACAGAAGUAUAGGAAGGGGUGGUCAAAUUUUGAAAUUGUCUUUUGACCCAUCUUUUAUAGAUGUUGUUAUAUUUAGCAAAUAAGGAAUGUUCUGGCAUUACAGAUUGAAGAGGCACUUAAUGAGAUGGGGAAUUCAAUGGUUUAGCUAGGUCUGGAAAGUGGAAUAUUCCUUCUAAGUUGACAAUCACUGGUGUUCCUCUUAAGCCCCUCCAAGUCCAGCAUUCUUCACCAGGAAGGCUUGAAUCCAGGAUGAAACAGAAAUCUACACUUGUGAAAUACCAGCCAUGAAUGUAGACCCCAGCCAUUUUUGUUCCCAUGCCAGUUUCUAACACAGUGAUUUAUACUUAGUAGGUCCUCAACAAAUAAGAAAGAAAGAUCUUAGAAAUAGUGCAGAAGAAGCACUUAUUUUUCCUAGAAAGUUCAAAUGUGCUUUUAUAGUGCCAAAUGCUUGAAUGAGAGCCAAAAUAAAUUGUUCAAUUAUCUAGCUUUAGUACCUCCAACACCAUAAUUCACUCAUGCAUUCUGCAUAGUUUUAAUCAUUCAUGUUAUUGAGUUUAAUGACAUUUAUAUUUGACUUUCUGAGCCAAUACAAAAUGAAGAACAAAGGAGAUAUAGCAAGACCAUGAGGGGUACUCACUUUAUAUAGAAGGAAGAAUUUCUUGUUAAUGCUCAGUCCUUUUUAAUAUUUGUUAAUGACAAAAGAAGGCUAAGGGGUCUACUUGCUAAAAUUUUUUAAAUAUUAUUUAAUCUCCAUUUUUCCCAUAUGUUAUCAGGAUGACUUUGAAUGGAGGCA